AUGGUGUACAUUCGCCAACACCACCUCCCAAACCUGCGCAACUAUCGCUAUGCAGGCAUCGACCACUCCCUCGUCAGUCGGUACAUUCUAAAGCCGUUCUAUAACAAAUGCGUGAUCGGUUGUUUCCCCAUGGGCAUGGCUCCCAAUGCUAUUACCCUGACUGGUUUCAUGUUCGUGGUCAUUAAUUUCAUCACUGUGAUGUGGUAUAACCCCAAUUUGGACCAGGACUGUCCGCCGUGGGUCUAUGCCAGCUGUGCACUGGGUUUGUUUUUGUAUCAGACUUUUGAUGCUGUCGAUGGCAUGCAGGCACGGAGGACGAAACAAAGUGGUCCCCUUGGAGAGCUCUUCGAUCACAGUGUCGAUGCAUGCAACACCGGGUUAGGUGUUCUGAUCUUCGCAGCUGCGAUGAACCUCGGCCAAUCCUGGAUGACAUUCUUGAGUCUAUUUGGAUCUACUAUGACCUUCUACGUCCAAACCUGGGAUGAGUAUUAUACCCAGGUUCUCACGCUAGGCGUUGUUUCCGGUCCCGUCGAGGGUGUUCUCACCCUCUGCACCGUCUACGCUUUAACUGCCUACAUGGGCGGCGGUAGUUUCUGGCACCAGCCCAUGCUGGAAACCAUGGGCGUUUCCAAGCCGAGCUUCAUCACGCAGUCGGUAUACGACAUGCCCUUCACGCAGUGGUACCUGGUGUACGGUGCGUUGGUGCUCUUCUUCGCCACGGGCUCGAGUAUCCUGCACGUUAUGCAUGUGCGCCGUGAGCGCGGCCAGGACCCCAUUGCGCCGCUUUAUGGUCUGCUUCCUCUGGUGGCGAUCUGGACUCUCGUCCCAGCUUACUUGUACCUGCAACCUGCCAUUUUGGAGAACUACACUAUUCCGUUCGGCUUGUUUGUCGGCUUAGUGAAUGCUUACUCCGUCGGCCGGAUGAUUGUUGGUCACCUCGUGCAGUCGGGUUUCCCGUACCACAACCCUCUGCUGUACCCGCUUGCUCUGGGUGUGAUCGAUAGCUCUGGUCCUUUCUGGGGUCUCUGGUCUCCCGUGCUGGGUGAGGGUGUUAGACCGGUUGCGUUUGUUUUUGUGUGCCUUGGUCUGGCGGUUGGUAUUUACGGAAGCUUUGUGUUUGACGUCAUUACUACCAUCUGUGACUAUAUCGAUAUCUGGUGCCUGACCAUCAAGUAUCCUUACGUGGAGGAGACCGAGCGCAAGGACGUCACUGCUGCCAAGGCCCAACUGGAAGGCACAUCGAAGAAGGCGCAAUAG